AUGUAUCAACCAAUUCUUCGGAACGGUCAAAAAGCCGAACUCCCGUGGCAAUUAAUAUUCAUAAAAUUCAAUCUUUGCUGGCCUCUGAGUGAAAAUGUAUCCGGUAUUACACACUUUUUCCACGAUGCCUGGACAAUGAUGGUAACAACUUUUUUCCUUGAAACAAUUCAUGCGGAUUGGCUUUUCAUCUUCGCCUACAUUGACGACUUGGAGCUGAUAACUGAGAGUCUCUGCACAACUUUCAUUGGAAUGAUGAUGUUUUGCCGGAUCUUGCAUUUACAAUUCAAUCGAAGGAGAUUGCGUGAAGUAUUCUACGAAUUUUUCGAUAGAAUAUAUAUUUCAAGGGAAGAAAACGAGGAAAUCUUUCUCCUUAUUAAGAAAGCAUUGAGACCAAUGAACUUCCUGACAGUGGCAUGCAUAGCUCCUCUGAUUAUUUUCCUUCUGACUCCUAUCGUUACUGUCGCCCUUAACUAUACUGAAACCGGAAAACCUUUCCCCUACAAGCUAGUUUUCCCAUAUGACGCGCAAAAACCUGUUGCGUAUGUUAUUACCGUCAUGUACACUUCUUGGGUUGGAAUAGCAGUAACCACAGUCAUUCCUGGCGAACAUACAUUGGUGUCGAUGAUCUUCAAUCAUCUAACAAAUAGGAUGAAAUUGCUGCAUAAGGAUAUUCAGGCCAUUUACCUUACGACCUUUGAAUGUUCAAUUAUUAUGGAAAAGCCUCUUUACAAAUUUUCAAAUGAAAUUUUCACCCUAUAUGAAAGCACAAUGGGCACAGUGAACUUCAUACUAGUGAUCCCCCUCACAUCAGAAAUUAUAUUGAUUCAAAUCUUCCUGGACUUGGGACUAGCAUUUAAGGAAAUAACUUGCCCGACGUCUCUCUGUACAAAUCACGAUUCUUGUAUAUCGAUUGUGCCAAUAUUUAUCAAAUUUGCGGACGAUUUGGAGAAAUUGUUCAAUCCAAUGUCUUUCAUUGUAUUCGUCUUCAGUACAGUCCUGCUUUGCGUUGUAGCUUUCCAGCUCGCAGCGCGGGGUGUUAACCUAACCACUAGUCGAUAUAUAUUUUGGCUGUGUGCAUGUCUGUUUGAAGUACAUAUCCUUAGCAACAUCGGACAAAAGCUUAUUGAUGCGAGUCAACAGAUGGCCAAUGAGUUUUAUAUGUGCAACUGGGAGCAUGUCAUACAGUACGGAUCGCAACAAGAUAAUAUCCAAUUAAUCCGAUCUCUUCAGUUUGCAAUAGCAAGAUCGCAAAAGCCCGUUUGCAUCACGGUGUUGAAAUUUACUAAAAUUUCACUUGUAACUUUCUUGAGGGUACUCAACACAGCACUUUCAUACUUCAUGUUCCUCAACACUAUGCAAGAUGUUAAUAAGAAAAAUUAA